AUGACGUCUCUUCCGAUAAUCCUCGCAUCCUCUCCUCUGCGAAACCUCUGCAAACCUUCCUCUCCUCAAACUCCCCUAAUUCCUCUCAGCAAUUCCCCAAACUCUUUGCAGCUUCUACCCAAAACCCAUCUCUCUCUUGCCGUUUCCCAGUUCAUCCUCUCUUCUCCUGUCCUCGCAUCAGAAUCCUUCACCUCAAUUUCCGAUCAAUCCACUGGAAAAAUCGAUUUGGAAUCAAUUCUGAUUUCAAUUGACAAUUUUUUCAACAAGUACCCGUUUUUCGUUGCGGGAUGUACAUUCGUCUAUCUCGUGGUUGUCCCUGUGGUUAUCUUCUACCUGAGGAAGUAUAAGCCAAUAAGCGCCAUGAACGCGUUUCGUAAGCUCAAGAUGCAACCUGAGUCGCAGCUUUUGGAUAUUAGAGAUGACAAGACUUUGGCUUCAUUGGCAUCACCGAAUCUCAAGUUUUUGGGUAAGAGCUCGAUUCAGGUUCCGUAUAGUGAAGAUGACGAGUCAGUGUUCUUGAAGAAAGUCAAAGGAACCUUCUCUGAUCCGGAGAAUACAGUUGUUUGUAUUCUUGACAAUUUUGAUGGUAACUCCAUGAAAGUGGCUGAGUUGCUGGUCGAGAAUGGCUUCAAAGAGGCUUAUUAUGUCAAAGGCGGCGCAAGAGGGAAGAAUGGUUGGUUGGCCAUUCAAGAAGAGCUUUUGCCUCCACCUGUGCAUAUGUAUUCUACAAAAAAUGUUAAAUCUUCCAACAACAAUGAGGCAUCCAUUGUUGGAACUGAAAACUGA